CUCAGUCAGCUCUAUUCUACCGAUCAGUGUCUGCAUUUUAGCCCCUAAAUAGCUUCGAAGUCGAGGCGACCCCUCGAUUGAGCUGGAAUCGCAUUCGGCGGCUGCGUUUUUAAAAGUCUGUCAAGAUGAAUGAGCAAGGCCCUAGCCAGGGCGUAGCCGACCAGUUGCUUCCCCACCUGCACCUCAUCAGUGUGACACGGUAUCCUGUGCUGCACAAGCUCGAACCGCAAAGGGCGAUUGACUUGCUUAUGCAAGCGCCCAAGAUUGCGCGCGACGAUGCUCCCUUUUGCUGGCAAUACCUCGAUACACCACAGGAUGGUACCAUUCACUUGAUGUGGCAGCCUCUUGCGCGCCUCGGGACGGACAUGGCCAGUGAUGGAUAUAUCUGGAACGGCCCCGAGAUAAUGUAUCAGCACGAUCUGGGCAACGGUCUGACUCUCGAGCACUACCACUACAAGGCUGGCUUCAAGCCCAUGGAGCCUUACACAUUGCACUCGAGGCGCCGUUACCGUCUUGUGCCGUCGUCCAAGGUGCCCCACGCGAACCACCCACCUGUCGACCCGAGCCUCUUCGUCGUCGCCUGGGGACCCAGCGAACCUCAUGACCGCAUGCCCGCCAGCUCCGUCCCUGUAGACAACCGGACCAGCUACAUCAUGAACUUCCGCGCCCAGAUGCAACGCGCGGGCCCGAUUGCUCGCAAGGACUUUAUGUUGAGGGACCGUGGUAACUACCCGCAGAUACCGUUCCGUGGCUUCCCGCAGGCCCCAGGUCCGAGGCAGCCGAUGCCCCAGACGAUGGCAUACCCGCCCGCUCACCCACCAACUAAGCGAGGCGCCAGGGCCCAGCAGCAAGCGCAACAGCAACAGCAACAUCAUGCUCAACACCACCCGCAGCAGCCGCAUCAUCCAGCGGCGGGGGCACACUCGGCAAUCGAGUACGAAGAUGAGGAGGAUACCUCGCGUGGCGACAUCUUCGACAGCCUAACUCCACGCGAUGUGAGCAUGGCGAGGUACAGGCAGAACUAUGAGUUGAUGGAGGAGAUCCUCUGCUCGCCGUACCGGAUGGGACAGAUUGUGAUGCCGGACCUGGGACUGGGUCUCAAGGGCGAGCUGGCGGGCCUCACAGACGGGAUCUUUGAGUCUCAAGGCGAGGGCGCCCACAAGAUGGCGCCCAAGAAGCCCUACGUCGGAAAGCUGGAUGGUGAACUCGCCGACCAGUUCCGAAAGAGGGUGGCGGAGCAGAUUGAGGCUACGCAGACCGAGAUCAAGGCACUCGAGGCACAACACGCCAAAAUGAUGGCUGAAUUCGAGUCGGGAAAACUCCUCAUGCGUGCCGAGCGCGAUCUGCGUGGCGUUUCCAAGAACUCAGACUCUGGUUCAAGCGGUGACUUUUGGCGACUCGAAGGCAGAGCCGACGGGAUUGCGGAAGACGGGACCAUAUCGCUGGGCCGCGGAGUCGACAGCAAAGACCUUGACCAGGUCGUGGCCGAGGUCGAGGCUCGUAUUGGACGCAAGGCUGUAGCUUUGCAGGAAGUCCGCAGGGUUCAAGAUGGUGGUUACCAGGAGCCUGUCGCGCCUCCUCCCAGAAUCGAGCCUGAUCCUGUUUUGAUUGAGGCGCAGCAGCAGCAGCAACCACUACUAGACCCUAUGCUGAACCACCCCGCUGCCUCGGUUGGACCUCCUGCAUCGUCAUCGAUGUCGCGGAAUCCAUCGCAUCCUGGAUCUCAGCACAGUGGCGUCAUGGUCGGCGACUCUGACGUCGACAUGGGUAACACGGCCGCAGGGCUACUAGACCAGAUGAACCCAUCGGGAUUUUCAACCACGUCGACUCCGGUUAACAACUUCCCAACGCCACAGCCUCAGCUAUCUGCCGCUCAAUCCAAUGCGGGAACACCUGCGAACGCCGGAGUUCCCUCGCCGCAUCCACCCCCACCGCAGCCUCAAGCAGCCCCCAGCACGUCGCAGGAUGUCGACAUGGGCAACACGGAAACUCCAGCAAGCAAGGAGCCGACUCCUCCGACAGCUCCCGACCAGGGGACAGGAAGCGGGGACUGGGUUGUGGUACCCAAGAACACGUCAGAUGCCGCCGGCAGUUCAGGAGCAAUGGGCCCUUCGCCCAAUGGAGGCGCUGGCACUCCAGUACCGGCGUCAGGAGGAGCCCCCGGCGGUACCUCAACCACGGGCAACCCUGCUGCUGGAGCUCAACAGCCUCCUGCGACCACGGCAGCAGCCGCGGCGCCCGUCCCGGCAGCGGCGACACCGAACAAACCUCUGACCCCCGGCGACUUCAGCAAUCUUGGCGACCUGCCUGGCACAUCAGAGUUCGAUCUCAAUAUGGAGAUGGAGGACUCGGCAUUUGGCGACGCGUUCCACGGCGUCAGCGAGUCGCGGGAAGGUAGCGGAGACGUCGGCUCCAGUAUCUAG